CUAAGUCUCUCGUCGGAACUAAUGAGAGUCAGUUCGUUGCCUUUUUCAUUCCUCUGAUCUCAAUCCUUCACUCUCUUUCCCAUCUCCAUCUCUCUCUCUCUCCUCGCUCUGUUCUCUCACACUCUUCUUUGCGUCCCUUCUCUCUCUAUUCUUCUAAGAGUGACAAUACCCGGUUUUUUUUUCUUCUUCAAGCGGUUUUCCUCUACAGGGGAAGAGCAUCAAGUCGGCUUCGACUCAAGCAUUAUCACACCCAGAGGGUUCUUUUGGAAGAUGAGCAGAAAAAUCAAAAGAAGCAAAAGAAUGCAAAUGAGCUGGUUUUUUGGUGUGUUGGUUUGCAUCUGCCACAGUGGUUGAUAUAUAUAUAUAUAUUUUUCACAGUGGUUGUCAUGGUGGUGUUUUUGAAAGCAAAAUAGCAGAAGAAACGGGUUCAAAGAUGGCCAUUAAAGCAAGAGCAGGAUGGCUGAAGCUUGACAGCUUUUCCAGUUGCAAAGUGAUUUUAUUCUUGAUAUUGAUUUCAAUCCACCUCUGUGAAUUGAAUGCAUGGAGUCCUUCGGCAAUGCACACUAAUAAUUGGGCCAUCUUGGUCUGCACUUCCCGCUUCUGGUUUAAUUACCGACACAUGGCCAAUACUCUAUCCUUAUAUAGGACGGUAAAACGGCUUGGAAUACCUGAUGAUAGGAUAAUACUUAUGUUGGCAGAUGAUAUGGCCUGCAACGCCAGGAAUAAGUAUCCUGCUCAAGUCUUCAACAAUGAGAAUCACCGUCUUAACUUAUACGGAGAUAAUGUUGAGGUAGACUAUAGAGGUUAUGAAGUAACUGUUGAAAAUUUUUUACGGGUUUUGACUGGGCGCCAUGAAACAGCUGUUCCAAGAUCAAAGCGCCUUUUAAGUGAUGAAGGAAGCCACAUACUUCUAUACAUGACUGGGCAUGGAGGAGAUGAAUUCCUCAAAUUCCAGGACUCUGAAGAGCUUCAGAGUCAUGAUUUAGCUGAUGCAGUAAAGCAAAUGAAACAAAAGCGUAGAUUCAAGGAGCUGCUGAUAAUGGUAGAUACUUGUCAAGCUGCUACGCUUUUUUCUCAGCUUCAUUCACCUGGGGUUUUGGCAAUCGGAAGUAGCAUGAAAGGAGAAAAUUCAUACUCACAUCAUCUGGACUCCGAUGUUGGCGUGUCUGUUGUGGAUCGCUUUACCUUUUAUACCCUUGCAUUCUUUGAGAGGUUAAAUAUGUACAACAAUGCUUCAUUGAGCAGUCUUUUCAAUUCAUAUAAUCCAAGCCUAUUGAUGUCCACUGCAUAUUACCGAACAGAUUUAUACAAACGGCCACUGGACAAGGUGCCUGUGACAGAUUUCUUUGGCUCAGUGAUGGAAACGAUUCACACAGACUCAGCAUAUAGAGGCUUCUCAGUCAAAGGCACUGACAAAGCUGAAAUUAAAGCACCAUUAAAUCUAAAAGCUAGCCAGGCAGAGAGAAGAGCAUUAAGUGCAUACCAUCAAGACCAAAUAAGUGACUUCAACAAGGAGGUUUGUUCUUUCCACUGCAUAUGGAGCACCUUGCACAAGACAGUAGUGGAAAAAAUAGAAGAUGCUGAUACCUUUGUGAACUACGGAUUGGUAGUCAUAAUUCCGUUAGUGGCAGCUAGCACUUGGUUGUGGCGAUGAAGAUCUCUAUCCUAGUAAA